AUGACAGACGUAUACUGGAAAUAUUCUAAUAGCAAUCAACCCGUUCCAAAAGUUACCUCAUUUGUAUGAUGCUCAUAUGAUGCAACAAUACAAAGGAGCGCCGUUUGGAGAGUUGAGUCCUCAUGUAUUUGCAAUUGCAGAUACAUCUUACAGGGCCAUGAUUAAUGAAGGAAAAAGCAAUUCAAUUCUAGUGAGUGGUGAAAGUGGAGCAGGUAAAACCGAGACAACCAAAAUGCUUAUGCGGUUCCUUGCAUACUUGGGUGGCCGGAAAGCUACUGAAGGCCGCACAGUUGAACAGCAAGUCCUUGAAUCAAAUCCAGUUCUUGAAGCAUUUGGCAAUGCUAAAACUGUUAGAAAUAACAAUUCCAGCCGUUUUGGUAAGUUUGUUGAGAUCCAAUUUGAUAAGCAUGGAAGAAUAUCUGGGGCAGCCAUUAGGACGUACCUCUUGGAAAGAUCCCGUGUUUGCCAAGUAAAUGAUCCAGAAAGAAACUAUCAUUGUUUUUACCUUCUUUGUGCAGCACCACCUGAGGAAGUUGAGAAGUAUAAAUUGGGGAGCCCGAAAUCAUUUCAUUAUCUUAACCAGUCAAAAUGUUUUGAGUUGGUUGGGGUGAAUGAUGCACAUGAAUAUCUUGCCACAAGGAGGGCCAUGGACAUCGUUGGAAUUAGCAAAAAGGAACAGGAAGCAAUUUUCAGAGUUACUGCCGCCAUUCUUCAUCUUGGAAAUAUAGAAUUUACUAAAGGCAAAGAGGUAGAUUCUUCAGUGCUAAAAGAUGACCAAGCUAAAUUUCAUCUUAAGAUGACAGCAGAACUUCUUAUGUGUGACCCUGUUGGGUUGCAAGAUGCAUUGUGCAAACGCGUGAUGAUCACUCCUGAAGAAGUUAUCAAGAGGAGUCUCGAUCCUCUUAGUGCAUCGUUCAGUAGGGACGGUUUGGCUAAAACCAUCUAUUCUAGAUUAUUCGAUUGGUUGGUGGAUAAAAUUAAUGUAUCGAUUGGACAAGAUCUACAUUCGAAAUCUCUUAUUGGCGUUCUUGAUAUCUAUGGCUUUGAGAGCUUUAAGAACAACAGCUUUGAGCAAUUCUGCAUUAACUUCACAAAUGAGAAACUGCAGCAGCACUUUAACCAGCAUGUCUUCAAGAUGGAGCAAGAAGAAUAUAAAAAGGAGGCUAUUGAUUGGAGCUACAUAGAAUUUGUCGAUAACCAAGAUGUUUUAGAUCUCAUUGAAAAGAAACCUGGUGGUAUCAUUGCUCUGCUUGAUGAAGCUUGUAUGUUCCCAAAGUCGACGCAUGAGACAUUCUCAAACAAGCUCUAUCAAACUUUCAAAAAUCACAAACGCUUUAUCAAGCCCAAGUUGUCACGCACAGAUUUUACAAUCGCGCAUUAUGCUGGAGAGGUAUGUAAUUCGGAAAAAGAUAUGUUUCUAUCCGUAACACUACUUUCUUGAUAUUAAAGUACUAAAUAUUCUUAGGUUCAAUACCAAUCUGAUCAAUUUCUUGACAAAAAUAAAGAUUAUGUGGUUCCUGAACACCAAGAUUUGUUGAGUGCUUCCAAAUGUUCCUUUGUAGCCGGCCUUUUCCCUACUGUAUCUGAAGAGUCCUCCAAAUCUUCAAAGUUUUCUUCAAUUGGUUCCCGUUUCAAGCUUCAAUUGCAACAACUAAUGGAAACACUAAAUGCUACAGAGCCACACUAUGUUAGAUGCGUAAAACCAAACAAUAAGUUAAAGCCUUCCAUAUUUGAGAACGUCAAUAUCUUGCAACAAUUGCGAUGUGGUGGUGUUCUAGAGGCUAUUAGAAUCAGUUGUGCUGGUUAUCCAACCCGUCGUGCUUUCUUUGAGUUCAUAAACAGAUUUGGAGUUCUUGCACCAGAAGCCUUAGCAGGAAGUAACUUUGAUGAAAAGACAGCAUGUACAAAGAUCUUGGAAAAGAUGGGGCUCAGUGGCUUUCAGAUUGGUAAAACAAAAGUAUUCUUAAGGGCUGGUCAAAUGGCUGAAUUAGAUGCAAGGAGAGCCGAGAUCCUCGGCAAUGCAGCAGCAAUUAUUCAAAGGAGAAUAAGAACUCAUAUUGCUCACAAGCAGAUAGGUGAAUUGCGGAAAGCUUCAAUUUUCUUACAAGCGUUUGGUAGAGGUAGAUUGGCUUGCAAAAAGUUUGAAGAACUGAAAAGGAUUGCAGCUGCUAUAAAAAUUGAGAAGCAUGUGCGUAAAUGGCAUGCUUGGGUAGCCUAUACUCGGCUCCGGGUGUCAGUGCUUGCAGUUCAAACAUGUCUGCGUGCAGUUGAGGCUCGUAAGAGAUACAUAUUCCGUAAGGAAACCAACGCUGCAAUAAAAAUACAGACUCGUUGGCGUUGUCAUAAAUAUACUGCCUACUAUAGAAGACUAAAGAAAGGAACCAUAGUUACACAAUGCAGAUGGAGGGGAAGAAUUGCAAAGAGAGAGUUGCGAAAACUCAAAAUGGCUGCACGGGAAACAGGUGCACUUAAGGAAGCAAAAGAUAAGCUCGAGAAACAAUUGGAGGAAUUAACAUGGCGUUUACAAUUGGAGAAACGCUUAAGGACUGACUUGGAAGAAGCAAAAGCACAAGAGGCUCAAAAAUUUCAAAAUUCUCUAGAUGCUAUGCAGAAAAAACUUGAUGAAGCAAAUGCAAUGGCAGUAAAGGAAAGAGAAGUGGCUAAAAAAGCUAUCAAUGAAGCACCCUCGCUUGUUGAGGAAAAAGAGAUUGUCAUUGAAGAUACAAAAAAAGUUGAAUCCCUGACUCAACAAGUUGGUGAUUUGAAGUCCAAGUGGCAGUCAGAAAAGAAACGCGCUGAUGAUCUGGAAGAAUGUUGUGAAGAAAGACGCAAGAAGCUGGAAGAAACGGAAAGAAAAGUUGUUCAAUUACAGGAAUAUAUGGGCAGACUGGAAGAGAAACUAAAUAACUUAGAAUCAGAGAACAAGGUGUUCCGCCAUCAAGCAGUGUCCUUGGCGCCCAAUAAGUUUCUCUCUGGCCGUUCUAGAUCUAUUAUUCAGAGGAAUGAUAGUGGUACUUUGAUUGGAGAAACAAAGUCACCUCGGGAUCCGCAUAGCCCAUUAAUGAACCGGGAUCUUGCAGAAACAGAUGACACACCACAAAAGUCACUUGAUGAGAAACAAAAGGAAAAUCAGGAGUUGCUUAUUAGAUGCAUUGGGCAACAUCUUGGGUUUGCAGGGAACAGGCCCAUUGCAGCAUGUAUCAUUUACAAAAGCCUUCUGCAAUGGAGAUCUUUUGAGGUUGAGAAGACCACUGUGUUUGACCGUAUCAUUCAGACCAUGGGCAAUGCAAUAGAGAAAACACAGGAUAAUAACGAUGUAUUGGCCUACUGGUUGUCAAACGCCUCUACUCUUUUGCUUCUACUCCAGCGCACACUGAAAGCAAGUGGGGCCGGAUCUGGUAUUGGUCCGCAGCGUAGGCGAUCAUCAGCUACUCUUUUUGGGAAAAUGACUUCUAGUUUUCGUGGAACUCCUCACACACUCGAUCUUUCCUUUGCGAAUGGAAGCCUGGGUAACGGAGUGGAAGGUUAUAGCAAAGUGGAAGCCAAGUACCCUGCUUUGCUUUUUAAGCAGCAGCUUACAGCAUAUGUUGAAAAGAUAUAUGGAAUGAUCCGAGAUAAUCUGAAAAAAGAAAUAUCUCCAUUGCUUGGGAUGUGCAUUCAGGCACCAAGAAUAUCUCGAGCGAGUUUAGUGAAAGGAUCAUCACGAUCAGUUUCUAGUACAGCUCAGCAAACGCUAAUUGCUCACUGGCAAGGAAUUGUGAAGAGUCUUGGAAGUUUCUUGAACAUUUUAAAAACACAUCAUGUACCACCAUUUUUGGUCCGUAAAAUUUUCACUCAAAUAUUCUCAUUUGUUAAUGUUCAGCUAUUUAACAGUUUACUUUUGAGGCGUGAAUGCUGUUCAUUCAGUAAUGGCGAGUAUGUCAAAGCAGGAUUGGCUGAAAUAGAACACUGGUGUUACAAUGCGACUGAAGAGUAUGCAGGUUCAGCUUGGGAUGAACUGAAGCAUAUAAGGCAGGCUAUUGGAUUUCUGGUUAUACAUCAAAAGCCAAAGAAAACUCUGGAUGAAAUAAGUCGCAGCCUCUGCCCAGUCCUAAGUAUACAGCAGUUGUAUCGGAUUAGUACAAUGUACUGGGAUGACAAGUAUGGCACACACAGUGUCUCUGCAGAUGUUAUAUCCCGCAUGAGGGUGUUGAUGACUGAGGAAAGCAAUGUCAUUAGUAAUUCUUUCCUAUUGGAUGACGAUUCCAGCAUUCCAUUCUCAGUUGACGAUAUAUCAAAAUCAAUGGAUCAAAUAGACAUUUCAGACAUCGAGCCUCCACCUCUACUUCGGGAGAACUCAGAAUUUAGCUUUCUGUUACCACGUAUUGAGAAUCACUGACCUGCCUCAUUGUCUUGCUGGAGGGUUCAUGGUGAGUUUUUGCCAUUUCAGGCGAUAAUCCACCACAUUUCUCAUGCAUCGGCCAUAAGAAAAACGCAUGUCUGGAAGAAAUGUGACCUUAGAGAAAAACAUGGUUGUGGAGGUACCUUUGAGCAGCAUUUGCCCGUGUUUUCGCCGCAUUUUGUAGCAUGUUGUACAAAUAGACUUAUCGGUUACUUAUAAGUGUCAUCUAUAAUUCUGUAUAUGAGCAUGCAAUCAUUGCAAAGUUAUUGGAUGCGAUGGAUCAACUGGUUCGAUUUGUUGAAAACAGUGAUGUGAAUAAUAGCAAUGUUUUUGACCAA